AUGGAUUCUUUAGCCGGCUUAGUUCUCUGCGGAGUCAGCUUGCUCCUUUCUGCAACAGUGGACGGUGCCAUGGACCUGAUCCUGAUCAAUUCCCUACCUCUUGUGUCUGAUGCUGAGACAUCCCUCACUUGCAUUGCCUCUGGAUGGCGCCCCCAUGAGCCCAUCACCAUCGGAAGGGACUUUGAAGCCUUAAUGAACCAGCACCAGGAUCCACUGGAAGUGACUCAAGAUGCGACCAGAGAAUGGGCUAAAAAAGUUGUUUGGAAGAGAGAAAAGGCCAGUAAAAUCAAUGGUGCUUAUUUCUGUGAAGGGCGAGUUCGAGGACAGGCGAUAAGGAUACGGACCAUGAAGAUGCGCCAACAAGCUUCCUUUCUACCAGCUACUUUAACUAUGACUGUGGACAGGGGAGAUAAUGUGAGCAUAUCUUUCAAAAAGGUAUUGAUUAAAGAAGAAGACGCAGUGAUUUACAAAAAUGGUUCCUUCAUCCACUCGGUGCCCCGGCACGAAGUCCCUGACAUUUUGGAAGUGCAUCUGCCUCGCGCUCAGCCCCAGGAUGCUGGCGUGUACUCGGCCAGGUACAUAGGAGGAAACCUCUUCACCUCAGCCUUCACCAGGCUCAUAGUCCGGAGAUGUGAGGCUCAGAAGUGGGGACCUGAAUGUAACCACAUCUGCACUGCUUGUAUGAACAACGGGAUCUGCCAUGAAGAUUCUGGGGAAUGCAUUUGCCCUCCUGGGUUUAUGGGGAGAACAUGUGAGAAGGCGUGUGAACCGCACACAUUUGGCAGAACUUGUAAAGAAAAGUGCAGUGAACCAGAGGGAUGCAAGUCCUUCGUGUUCUGUCUCCCAGACCCCUAUGGGUGCUCCUGUGCCACAGGCUGGAAGGGUCUGCAGUGCAAUGAAGCUUGCCAGCCUGGUUAUUAUGGACCAGACUGUAAGCUUAGGUGCAAUUGCACCAACGGGGAGAAAUGCGAUCGGUUCCAAGGAUGCCUCUGCUCUCCAGGACGCCAAGGGCUCCAGUGUGAGAAAGAAGGUGUGCCAAGGAUGACUCCAAAGAUAGAGGAUUUGCCAGAUCGUAUAGAAGUGAACAGUGGUAAAUUUAACCCCGUCUGCAAAGCAUCUGGCUGGCCGCGACCUGCUAUUGAAGAAAUGACCCUGGUGAAGCCAGAUGGGACAGUGCUCCGUCCAAAAGACUUUAACCACACGGGUCAUCUCUCUGUGGCUACCUUCACCAUCAACCGGAUCCUGCCCCCUGACUCAGGAGUCUGGGUCUGCAGUGUGAACACAGUGGCUGGGAUGGUGGAAAAGCCUUUCAACAUUUCUGUUAAAGUUCUUCCAAAGCCCUUGAAUGCCCCAAACGUGAUCGACACUGGACACAACUUUGCUGUCAUCAACAUCAGCUCUGAGCCUUACUUUGGGGAUGGACCAAUCAAAUCCAAGAAGCUUCUGUACAAACCUGUUAAUCACUAUGAGGCUUGGCGGCAUAUUCAAGUGACAAAUGAGAUUGUUACCCUCAACUAUUUGGAACCUCGGACGGAAUACGAGCUCUGCGUGCAGCUGGUCCGGCGCGGAGAGGGUGGAGAAGGCCAUCCUGGCCCUGUGAGGAGGUUCACCACAGCUUCCAUCGGUCUUCCUCCUCCAAGAGGUCUCAGUCUCCUACCGAAGAGUCAGACCACUCUAAAUUUGACCUGGCAACCAAUAUUCCCAAGCUCAGAAGAUGACUUUUAUGUUGAAGUCGAGAGGAGAUCUGUGCAAAUGAAUAGUGAUCAGCAGAAUAUUAAAGUGCCCGGCAACUUGACUUCAGUGCUGCUUAACAACUUGCACCCCAGGGAGCAGUACAUAGUCCGAGCCAGAGUCAACACCAAGGCCCAGGGGGAAUGGAGCGAAGAUCUCAUCGCUUGGACCCUUAGCGACAUUGUUCCUCCUCAACCAGAAAACAUCAAGAUUUCCAACAUCACAGACUCUUCAGCUGUGAUCUCUUGGACGAUCCUGGAUGGCUAUUCUAUUUCUGCUAUUAUCAUCCGUUACAAGGUUCAGGGCAAGAAUGAAGACCAGCACAUUGACGUGAAAAUCAAGAAUGCCACCAUCACCCAGUAUCAACUCAAGGGCCUUGAGCCCCAAACAGCUUACCAGGUGGACAUCUUUGCAGAGAACAAUAUAGGCUCAAGCAAUCCAACCUCUUCUCAUGAACUGAUGACUCUUUCUGAAUCUCAAGCACCAGCAGACCUCGGAGGCAGGAAGAUGCUGCUUAUCGCCAUCCUCGGCUCAGCGGGAAUGACCUGCCUGACGGUGCUGUUGGCCUUUCUGAUCAUGCUGCAGCUGAAGAGGGCAAACGUCCAAAGGAGAAUGGCUCAAGCCUUCCAAAACGUGAGGGAAGAGCCAGCUGUGCAGUUCAACUCAGGAACUCUUGCCCUGAACAGGAAGGCCAAAAACAACCCAGAUCCUACCAUUUAUCCAGUGCUUGACUGGAAUGACAUCAAAUUUCAAGAUGUGAUUGGGGAGGGUAAUUUUGGCCAGGUUCUUAAGGCUCGCAUCAAGAAGGAUGGGUUACGGAUGGACGCUGCCAUCAAGAGAAUGAAAGAAUACGCUUCCAAAGAUGACCACAGGGACUUCGCUGGGGAACUGGAGGUUCUUUGUAAACUUGGACACCACCCAAACAUCAUCAAUCUCUUGGGAGCAUGUGAACAUCGUGGCUACUUGUACCUGGCCAUUGAGUAUGCCCCCCAUGGCAACCUCCUGGACUUCCUGCGAAAGAGCCGAGUGCUAGAGACGGACCCUGCGUUUGCCAUUGCCAACAGCACCGCCUCCACACUCUCCUCCCAGCAGCUUCUCCACUUCGCAGCAGAUGUGGCCCGGGGUAUGGACUACCUGAGCCAAAAACAGUUUAUUCACAGGGACCUAGCUGCCAGGAACAUUUUAGUUGGUGAAAACUAUGUAGCCAAGAUAGCCGAUUUUGGAUUAUCCCGAGGUCAAGAAGUGUAUGUGAAAAAGACGAUGGGAAGACUCCCCGUGCGCUGGAUGGCGAUCGAGUCACUAAAUUACAGUGUGUAUACGACCAACAGUGACGUGUGGUCCUAUGGCGUGUUACUAUGGGAGAUUGUUAGCUUAGGCGGCACCCCUUACUGUGGGAUGACGUGUGCGGAGCUCUACGAGAAGCUGCCCCAGGGCUACAGACUGGAGAAGCCGCUAAACUGUGACGACGAGGUGUAUGAUCUCAUGAGACAGUGCUGGCGGGAGAAGCCUUAUGAAAGGCCCUCAUUCGCCCAGAUCCUGGUGUCCUUAAACAGGAUGUUAGAAGAACGAAAGACCUAUGUGAACACCACACUUUAUGAGAAGUUCACCUACGCAGGAAUUGACUGUUCUGCAGAAGAAGCAGCCUAG